CCGCCCUCUACCCCGACCGUCCUGGAGGGGCCCCAAGAUGCAGCCCUGGCUUUGGCUCGUCCUGGCAGCUCUGAGAGGCAUCCUUGCCUUCCAGCAAGCCCCUGCACUGGUGCAAGUUCUGAGCCACCAAAUAGGGUCUCUGCCCUGCCAGAUGAAAUCCUUCCCGAGCAAUGCACGUCUCUACUGGCUGAAAUUACACCAGGCCCCCAGCAAUGGCAGCUACUAUGAUGUCCUGGCCUACUGGGAUUCUGGAAAAAAAACGACGAUAUACAACGCAGGGGUGACAAAAGAGAAGCUAACUUUGUUACAGGACAUGACCAAGCCCACUCUCAAUAUCACGAAUGUGACACCUGCAGACAGUGGCAUCUACUCGUGCAUGACCGUCGGGUCCCCUAAGCUGACCUUCGGGAAGAGCAUUCUACUGAAUGUUGUUGAUGUUCUUCCCACCACCGUCCAACCCACCAGGAAGACUACCAAGAAGAAAAUGUGCCGGUUCCCCAACCCAGUGACCCAGAAGGGCCCAACAUGUAGCCUCAUCACCCUCAGCCUGCUGGUGGCCGGUAUCCUGGUUCUGCUGGUGUCCCUGGGUGUGAGCAUGCGCCUUUACUGCCUGCGAAGGAGAGCCCGGCUUCACUUCAUGAAACAGUUUCACAAAUAACCAGAGACUGUGCUCUUGGUAUCCGGCUA